AUGGAAAAUGUGAACACUACUAGGUCUCAAGCUACUGGUGUAAAUCUCGGUGAACCAAAAACUUUACAUCUGCUCAGUAAAAAAUUAAAAAGUUAUUCGAAUGAUAGUAUUUUCCGCUAUGGAAACUGUGACGAAGAAAUCAAAAUAGCUGUUGUAUUAUGUGGAGAUCGUUUAAACCAGACUCUUGUCACAUUGAAAUCUACUGUUAUAUUUUCUGAGAAACCGCUGCACUUUAUUAUAAUUGUGGACGAACAAAAUCGUCAACAGCUAUACAACAAGUUGUUAAGAUGGCCAGUAGAUGUCUUAAGUCGUUUGUCAUUUGAAUUCCAUGGUGUUCAUUUUCCAAAUGGCAGUGAAGGUGAAGAAUGGAAAAAGUUAUUCAAGCUUUGUGCCUGUCAGAGGCUGUUUUUGCCGUCCUUGCUUCAGCACAUCGAUUCUCUGAUAUACAUCGACACAGAUGUACUUUUCAUGCGCCCUGUUGAAAACUUAUGGCAAUAUUUUUCCAAAAUGAAUAAAAGCCACAUUGCUGCUUUGUGUCCUGAACAUGAAGAUUUUGCCACUGGUUGGUACAACAGGUUUGCAAGGCACCCCUUCUACGAACCAUUAGGUGUGAACUCUGGUGUGAUGCUCAUGAAUCUCACUAGAAUGAGAGAAUUUCAAUGGGAGACAUAUCUUCCACCUAUUAUGAGGGAGUACAAAUUAAACAUUGUUUGGGGAGAUCAAGAUAUCAUCAACAUUAUUUUCCACUUCCAUCCAGAAAAACUAUACAUAUUUCCUUGUGAGUGGAAUUAUCGCCCUGAUCAUUGUAUGUAUGCAAGUGUCUGCAAAACAGCAGAAAAAAAUGGCAUAGCUGUAAUUCAUGGAAACAGAGGAGUGUUUCAAAACAGCAAGCAGCCAGCAUUUAAAGCUCUUUACAAUGCCAUGUUUGAGUUUUCAUUAGGUGAUGUUCCCUCGAAACUACUGGUGCCUUUGAAAAAAUAUCUUUUUGAAACUCUAAACACAAACUGUGGUAAACAUAUAUCAGUUAUUUUCUCAACUAGUUUCACAUUUAAACAACAGAUAAGGUGA